AUGGCGGGCCCGCGGGGCGCGCUGCUGGCCUGGUGCCGCCGCCAGUGCGAGGGUUACGGCGGCGUGGACAUCCGCGACCUGAGCGGCUCCUUCCGGGACGGCCUGGCGUUCUGCGCCAUCCUGCACCGGCACCGGCCCGACCUGCUAGACUUCCAUUCACUCUCCAAAGACAAUGUCUUCGAGAAUAACCGUUUGGCCUUUGAAGUGGCUGAAAAAGAGCUGGGGAUCCCUGCUCUUCUGGACCCUAAUGACAUGGUCUCCAUGAGUGUCCCCGACUGCCUCAGCAUCAUGACCUACGUGUCUCAGUACUACAACCACUUCACCAGUCCUGGCCAAGCUGCCAUCUCACCACCCAGAAAUGACUCAAAGCCCCCUUCCUCACCAUCCGCAGCACCCACUGUUUCCGAACCAGGAGACAACGCUCAGGGUAAGGAGCUCUCCUCAGGCAGCCUGUUGGAGCAGGGCGCCCCCCAGCCCCCCAGCAGCAUGUGUGCGGCCUGUGGGCAGCGGGUGCACCUGGUACAGCGGUUCCUGGCCGAGGGCAGGCUCUAUCACCGGCACUGCUUCCGGUGUCGCCAGUGUUCUAGCACGCUGCUCCCGGGGUCUUACAUAUGUGGGCCCGAGGAAGGCACCUUUGUGUGUGCGGAGCGCUGCCCCAGGCUGGGCCCGGGGGGCCGGCUGGCAGGCAGGCCCCUGUCACAGCGAAAGCCGCAACAAGUCGCCGGAGAAGCCAAGGAUGGCGAGGGAGGUGAUCCCAGCCCGAGUGUGGCCUCAGGGGCUGAGGCGGAGAGAUCCCAGGCUGGCCCUGAGGCCCGGCCCCAGAUCCCCAGCAAGCCUGUGGUUCCUGGCAAACCCCAGGAGCUGGCCGGCCCCGCUGGUGGUCGGCCUACCCCGGCACCCCGGAAGGCUUCUGAGAGCUCAGCCGUGACGCCCCCCACGCCAAGGCCCCGGUCCAGCCUGCAGCAGGACGGUUCACUGGAGCAGGGGACCGGCAGCGGUCUCGUGAAUGGAAGAUUGCAGGAACCCCCUGUCCCUAAGCCAAGAGGGACGCCCAAGCUGUCAGAGAGGAAGCCGGCCCCCAGGAAAGAGCCCCCAUGGAUCACACUAGUGCAGGCAGAACCGAAGAAGAAGCCGGCCCCUCUGCCCCCUGGCAGCAGCUCCGGGCUGCCAAGCCAGGCCAGCAAGCAAGUGGAGAAUGGAGGAGUGGACGAGGGAACCCGGCAGAGCCCAGCGGCCGGCUCGGAGCCCAAGCCCUACAACCCCUUUGAGGACGACGAGGAGGAGGAAGAGUCAUCCCCAGCAGUGCCCAGCCCUGCCCCGGUACCCUCAGAGUCUACACCCAAGUCCUUGCACCCCUGGUAUGGCAUCACCCCCACCAGCAGCCCCAAGACAAAGAAACGUCCUGCCCCACGAGCACCCAGUGCCUCCCCGCUCGCUGUCCAUGCCUCCCGUCUCUCACACUCAGAACCUCCCUCUGCCACGCCUUCUCCAGCUCUCAGUGUGGAGAGCCUGUCAUCCGAGAGCUGCAGCCAGGCUGCUGGUGGAGAGCUCCUGGAGCCGCCCGCUGUGCCCAAGAGCUCCUCAGAACCUGCGGUGCAUGCCCCCGGCACCCCUGGGAACUCCGCCAGUCCUUCUGCCAACUCCUCGCUAUCCUCUUCUGGGGAGCUGGCGCAGCCUGGUGGGGAGCGGGUGCCGCAGGCCAGGUCCAGGGGCAGCCCAGGUGCCCCGACCACCAGGCCAUGCACUGGUGCGACUCCCACCCCACUCUUGGUAGCUCCUGGCCGGAGCCCUGCGCCUGCUCCAGGAGUGCCUGCUCCAGGGGCACCUGCUCCAGGGGCACCUGCUCCAGGGGGCUCGUCCCCACAGCUACAGGUCAAGUCUUCCUGCAAGGAGAACCCUUUCAACCGCAAGCCGUCCCCUGCAGCAUCGCCCACCGCAAAGAAAGCCACCAAGGGAGCCAAGCCAGCGAGGCCACCUGCCCCCGGCCACGGCUUUCCACUCAUCAAACGCAAGGUCCAGGCUGACCAGUACAUCCCUGAGGAGGACAUCUAUGGCGAGAUGGACACCAUUGAGCGCCAGCUGGAUUCCUUGGAACACCGUGGGGUCGUGCUGGAGGAGAAGUUGCGCGGUGGAACAAAUGAGGGCCACGAAGAUGACAUGCUGGUGGACUGGUUCAAGCUCAUCCACGAGAAGCACCUGUUGGUGCGGCGGGAGUCUGAGCUCAUCUACGUCUUCAAGCAGCAGAACCUGGAGCAGCGCCAGGCUGACGUGGAGUAUGAGCUGCGGUGUCUACUCAACAAGCCCGAAAAGGAUUGGACGGAGGAGGACCGGGGCCGAGAAAAGGUGCUGAUGCAAGAGCUUGUGACCCUCAUUGAGCAGCGCAAUGCCAUCGUCAACUGCCUGGAUGAGGACCGGCAGAGGGAGGAAGAGGAAGACAAGAUGUUGGAAGCCAUGAUCAGAAAGAAAGAGUUCCAGAGGGAGGCGGAACCCGAGGGCAAGAAGAAGGGGACCUUCAAGACCAUGAAGGUGCUGAGGCUGCUGGGAAACAAGCGUGACACCAAAAGCAAGUCCCCCGGUGACAAGAGCUGACAGCCAGCAGACACGCUGGGCAGAGCAGCACUCAGCUGUCCUUGGACUGAGGGGAAGAUAGAUGACCUUGGGAGGGAUCCUCUGGGUGAGCCUUGCCCUGGGGGUGGGGGUUCACUGGUCUGGCCAAAGUUUUCUUCCCUCCUCUCUGUGUCCCAGACUUCUGUGACUUGGCCCUCAGUUGGAUUCUGAUGACUUGGAUGCUGUGACAGGUCCAAAGGGCAAUCCCCAGGGAGGGGCUUCUUUUUGCUUGGCUCUGGCCCUGAGUCCUGGUCCUCCUGUCCGGGGCAGGUGCCCCCGAGAUUCUUGUCCCCUCACUCAGGAGCUCUGUUUAUGAACCCUCCAGCUCUUCACUGAGUGAUCUGUGUCGUCAGAUGGGAACAGACGCGAUGGGCAGGUCCCACCCUCUCUGCCUCAGAUCUGGUGGCCCUUCCCUUAUCUCCCAUGUUCUGUGGGAAGCCUUGUCCACUACAUCGAGCGCUCCCUGAUGGCCAUGUGAAGCAAGUGGGUGCCCUGUUCGCCACCUCAGUGCCAACUCCCCAAGAAGGGCCUCUGGGGAGCAGCUCCAGUCAGUCUUGGUCCUGAUCAGCUGAGGGAGGUGCUAACCCUGGUUCUCUUAAUACUUUGUAGUCUGACCUCUCAGGCUUUCCUCCCCACCCUGCUACACCCGGGGGAGGGCUUGUCCCUGUCUGUGGUCAUUGCCAGUCUGUGUUUUCUGUUGUCUGUCCUCUCCUUGACUCGUUCCCACCCAACGACUGCUGGCCACUCACCUUCUGGGUGCUGGAGAGGAGUGAUGGGAUAUCCCUUUUCCCUGGCGAAUGUGCCUGGCAGCUCAUGGUCAAACACUGCUCUCUCAAGGCCUCUGGGCUCCUCCCCCAGGGAAGGAGCACACUGUAUUAGCUCACCAACAAUAAAUGGUAGCACCCUCAGCUGCCAGUGCCCCACAGCCUUGGGCACGGCCACAUUUGCCUUCCUCCCUGCCUCCGUCAUACCUCGUGGCCCAGACAUCUGGUCUCCAGGGAGGAUGUGAGCUGUCUGCCUAACGGGACCUUGACUCUCGAUGCCUGGCGUUGGGUAGGACUCCCUUACUGUUCAGGGAGUGGCAGCUACAUGUGCCUGGGUUGCCCUUAACAAUCUUUCCCUAUACACUGUUGGCUGGGAGGUGAGGUCAACAUCUCCAAGCCCUUUUAGGGGACAGGGAUCAUCGAAGGGAGGACUCCAACAGGUUGUUGCCUUUGGGAAUGAAUGUGGGCUCCAUUUCCACAGUAUUUUCCAGUUUUCAAACACUUGGAAGUUUAGAUUUUGCAUAUGCUACUUUAUAAAUGUUGAUAACUCAUGCGAAUUUAAGGUGGGCUAAACUUGUCAUGGGGGGAUUUCCAGUGUGCUAGGGCAUGGGAUGGGUCUUGAAAGUGGAAGAUGUGUCCUUGCUGAGUCCACUCUUAUCUGUUGGCUGCUGCACAACCAUGUAUAUUCAGCAAACUAAAACACAGGUCAUAUGACCUAUUAGGAUCAUGUGAUUCCCAAUAUAUGCAGAAGACACCACAAUGUUUUGAUUUGUGGCACAGGAAAUGAUAGACUACUGGAGAAGGCAAGGAUGUUAUGUCAGAAGCCUGAAGGAGGUGACUGAUGGACUGUGUGUCCUGCAGAGAGCUGGGAGGCUGCUUUCUCUGUCAAGUGACCUUCAGGUCAGGGCCUCAGACAUGACCAAAUGGAACUGGAGCCAUCCAGCAUAGUCCGGGCCCUUUCAGCUUGGGCCCUCCCAUCCUGUUCUAUUGCUUCCUGUGGCUUAUGUUUUGUGGAAGACAUGAAGGUGGCUUGUCACCCUGAGUGGGCUGCUUGCUGGGUAAAGACUCUUGGGUGGAGUCUAGUCUCUUGGUGAACCUGAGUUUGUUCACAGCAUUCCGUAAGCUUAACAGCUACCACUGCAGCUGACCACAGGUGCUCAAGGUCUUUGGUUCCCCUUUGCUCUUGAAAUACUCGACAGGCAGCUAGAGCCCAUCUGUGUGGAUUAACUCUAACUCUGAGCAAAUAAGCAUUAUUCCUGUGAAAACAAGGUAGUGUGUGUAAUGACCAAGUUAAUGUAUUUUAUUGGCUAAUGAAUUCUUGUGGUUAGACACCUUCCCAAGGCUACAAGAAAUCAUAUAAGUAAAUCCUAAGGCAUAGGAAGGAAGGUAGGAAGGAAGGAAGACAUCAGCUUCACUUCUAGCCUCAGAAAGGAAAGGAGCAGGACACCAGAGGUUGGUGGUGGAAGGACGAGAGCCUAAGUGUCCUUAGAUGUAUGUCCAAGGUGGUGAGCCUGGCCUUCACCUUGCUGUGCUGGACUCUUUUCCCUAAAAAAGGCCGAGGCUGUGGCUGUGGGUGGCUUAGGGGCACCAGCAACUCUGGGCAGUGCUGUUUGUACCCUAGGCUUACUGAAGGCCAAAACAGUGCCUUGACACUUGGCUCUGAUGUGGAUGAGUGGACCUGGUCCAACUGAGUUGGCCUGUCACUAUCUCACAUUAAGUGGUGGCAAGAGCCUUCUUAAGAGCCUCGCUCUUCUUUCGGUCAAUGUCCUCCAUUUCCCGUAGUUUCUGAAAUGGGCCAUCAGGGAAAGCUGGUGUCAGGAUCAGCCACCAUGGUAGAAUCUCCAGUCCUGGCAGGUCCCACCUGUCCCCACUUCCCAGGGUUCUCCUACCUGGGAGAUUUCAGCCAGGAUGAUCCCUCGGUAUUGCUUGUCCUGACCCAGGGACUCCAUGGCCGCCAGGAAUUCUUUCCUGUCUUGGAUUUCCUUUACCACUGCACAGAGGGGAGGGCCUCAGUGGACAGGGCUUGGGAGAAGGAUGCAGAAGGGGUGGGCAGCGCAUUGUCUCUUUGCAGGAGAAGCAGGGGUUCUGUGUCAAGUCAUGUUCCACUCUUGCUACCUCCAGUUCUGCACAUACCAACCCCCCAUUACUCACGCUCUUCAAACCGGUCCAGCUCAGGGCCUGGGUCCUUCUGUGGCACAGGGGGAGCUUUUUUCCCCCAUUUCUCUGGGUCCUUCCCAGUGGCAAAGAUACUUUGGAGUCUCCGUUUCUCCUUCUCCAGAUCCCCUGUAGGGCCCAGAACUGGCCUUGUUAAGGUGCCAAGGGUGCCCCAUUCCUGAGUCUUUGUUAGGUGCACAUGCUGUGGGGUGUCUGGUCUUGAGGAGAGGGCUUCUGCAGACAUGGCACCUGGCCUGGGUGCUCCUUGUCAAAAUAGCCGUUGAAAACUGAGUCAGGCAUGGUGGCUCAUGCCUUUAAUCCCAGAUCUUGGGAGACUAAGGUAGGAGGGCCACUGUGAGUUUACGUCCAGCCUAGGUUAAUGAGACCCUGCUUAAAACAACCACAACUACCACCACAUAACACAUUGCUUUGGUGCAGACUGAGUUACGAGAACUCAGGAACAUGGGCCUCUACGGUUGCUGCCUCUGUACAGGGAACUGUGGGGAGAUGUCUGGGCCAAAAGUGAAGUCAACGCCAGGAAGGAAGGGGAAGAAGUGGGCUGGAGUGCAGAGGAGCUGGAUUCAGAGGGAUCAGGAGAGUAAGAAGACAGCAGCCAUAGACCUGACAACCACGUGUCCCUCAGGAGUUGGGAGAAUUCAAUGAGUUGGCAAAGAGAGUUCUGGAAAAACAAACCAAGAUGGCUACCUAACUUCCUUGCUCAGCACCCUCAGCACCUCACACGAAAGCACAAGGAUAUGAUGAAAUACCGGCUCCCUGAUGCAGGGGCUGCUAGCAUCCCACCCCUGUGUCCCCUGAAGACAGGAGAGAGCCCCUAGCCCAGGUGAGCACUUACUGGUAGCCUGAGGCUUGAACUGCUCACGGCUGUAGGCCCCGUUGGCUUGGCACUUGCUGGCUGGCCGGAGGUGGGAGCGUGCCGCCAGGAUGGGAGGCAGACAGAUGGCUUUGGCUGGCUGCUUGGAUGCACACUGCCUCUGGCUGGAUGUCGGGCUGCACUGUAGGGGCAAAGGGGCUCCUCCUGAGGAGAAAAAGGCUGGGUGGGUGCACAUGCCUGGCCUUUUCAAAUAAAAGUGAUAGCUGCCUAUUAUAGUGAAAAAGUGUGGGGCUCCAGCCCCCCACUCCAAGCCUGCUCCUCUACAGUAAGCAGUAGUAACAAUUUGGUGGUCUCACUCUUUUUUGUUUAUUUCGAGAUGUGGUCUCGCUCUAGCCCAGGCUGACCUGGAACUCAUUCUGUAGUUUCAUGCUGUCUUCAUACACACAGUGAUCCUCUUACCUCUGCCUCCUGAGUGCUGGGAUUAGAGGUGUGCACCACCGUUCCUAGCUAAGUGGUCUCACUUUCUGAUGCUUAUAUAAACAUGCUCAAAGAUGUGUGUGCACAUAAGAUUCUUUUUUCAGACACUGGAUCAUGAUGUAUUAAUGGUUGAUAACAGACUCUUUUCAUUUAUCACUUUAUCAUGGCCAUCUCCUGAGAAAAAUCCAUUUAUAUAUAACUUAUUUUUAUAGCUAUAUACUAGUCAUUAGAAUGGUUAUAUUAUUUAUUCACUAUUAGUUCCAGAAAUUCAGGUUGUUUCCAGGCUUUUGGUGUUUUUUUGGGGGGGGGGAUGUUUGUUUUUUUUUGUUUUUGUUUUUACUAUUUUACUACUUCAAGCAGUGUUGCAAUAAACAUCUUGUACACCA